CUGUUUAACACACCCCUGGGUUCCUGGACUGCGCCCCUGACCCCUUUCUCCCUGCAUUUUAGUGUGGAAGAAAGGAGAAAAAAGGAGGCUCAGGAGGAAAGACGCCGGAUUCCGCAGGCUGUUUUGCUCGCGCGUUCGGUCUCCUGGGCGAAGCCGACCCAGCGUCCAGAAUCCGACGUGUCAGCAAGAACGUUUGGCCAGCGCUCUCCGCUGCGAAACCAGCCUAACGCGAUUCCCGAUCGCCUCGCUCUCUCUCUCUCUCUCUCCAGCGCCAGGCAAUGCCCGCCGUCGACAAACUUCGCCUAGAAGACGCUCUGCAAGAUAGUCCGCAGACCCGCUCUUUGCUGAGCGUAUUUGAAGAAGAUGCAGGAACACUCACAGAGUACACCAACCAACUGCUUCAAGCAAUGCAGAGAGUCUAUGGGGCACAGAAUGAAAUGUGCCUGGCAACACAACAGCUUUCCAAGCAUCUUCUUGCCUAUGAAAAACAGAAUUUUGCCUUGGGGAAAGGAGAUGAAGAAGUGAUAUCUACGCUUCAGUCCUUCUCAAAAAUUGUGGAUGAGCUUAACGUUUUACAUUCUGAACUGGCAAAACAGCUUGCAGACACAAUGGUUCUUCCUGUCAUCCAGUUUCGUGAGAAAGAUCUUACAGAAGUAAGCACUUUAAAGGAUCUCUUCAGUCUUGCAAGCAAUGAACAUGACAUCUCCAUGGCCAGGUACAGCAGGCUACCCAAAAAGAAAGAGAAUGGAAAGCUAAAAGCUGAAGUUGCCAAAGAGGUCGCCAGUGCCCGAAGGAAGCAGCAUCUGUCAUCAUUACAAUAUUACUGUGCCUUGAAUGCUUUACAGUAUCGUAAAAGAAUUGCUAUAAUGGAGCCCAUGCUGGGAUAUGCACGCUCACAGAUUAAUUUUUUGAAGAAAGGAGCAGAGAUGUUUUCAAAAAGGCUGGAUGGCUUUUUAACAUCGGUUACAAAUACGGUGCAGAGCAUCCAAGAAGAAUCAGAUGCUGAAGUUGAAGCCAUGCGGGUAUCUCAGCAAGAUCUGCUUUCAGUUGGUGAAUCAGUAUAUACACCCGAUUUUGAUGCUUCUCCUGUCAUCAACAAAAACCUCAUCCAGAAAGCAGGCUAUCUAAACCUUAGAAACAAAACAGGCCUUGUGACAACCACGUGGGACAGGCUGUAUUUCUUCACUCAGGGUGGAAACUUGAUGUGUCAGCCCAGGGGUGCAGUCGCUGGUGGAUUGAUUCAAGAUUUGGACAACUGCUCUGUGAUGGCCAUUGACUGUGAAGACCGACGUUACUGCUUUCAGAUCACCACUCCAACAGGAAAACCAGGCAUAACCCUCCAGGCAGAAAGCAAAAAGGAAUAUGAGGAGUGGAUAAGUGCAAUCAACAACAUUUCACGACAGAUCUAUCUGACUGACAACCCAGAAGCAGUUGCCAUUAGGUUAAAUCAGACAGCACUGCAAGCUGUGACUCCAAUUACGAGCUUUGAAACGAAGCAAGGUAGUCACUCCUCCAGCCAGGAUGGGAAGUGCAUGGAUAUUCUAAAUGACCAGACAGUUCCAGAGGAGUCUGCUGAAGCUCUCAUCCCCACGGAGUUAAUUGCACCUGGAACUCCCAUUCAGUUUGACAUUGUGCUUCCUGCAACAGAGUUCCUAGAUCAGCACAGGGGUGGAAGACGUACCAAUCCUUUUGGAGAAUCGGAAGACGGCGAGAAAGAGGAUGAAGCAGAUUCACUCCUACAGCACAUGUUUGUAGUUCGGUUUUUAGGCUCUAUGGCUGUCAGAUCUGACCAUACAGUGGAGGUGAUAUAUGAAGCAAUGCGGCAGGUGUUGGCAGCUCGGGCUAUUCAUAAUAUUUUCCGUACAACUGAAUCCCAUCUCUUGGUCACCAGCAAUGACCUGAAAUUGAUAGAUCCUCAAACACAAGUUACAAGAUCAAAUUUUGAACUAGCCAAUGUGACACAGUUUGCUGCUCACAAGGAAAACAAGAGGCUGUUUGGGUUUGUGGUUUGUGUCUCUGAAUUGUCAGGUGAAGACGGAAUGAGUGCUUAUGUGUUUGAGAGUAACACCGAAGGUGAAAAGAUUUGCUAUGCAAUAAAUCUGGGGAAGGAAAUCAUUGAGGCUCGAAAGGAUCCAAAAGCUCUAGCUCAAUUAAUAUCAUCCAUGCCUCUUACUAACGAUGGAAAAUUCAAGUUACUGAAUGAGCGAUCAGAAGAGGACAAUGCUGUACAUGGAGAAGGACAGGAGUCAGAAGCAUAACUGAUAAUUUCUCUCAGUGGAGAUGAUGGUGCCCAUAAAAGAGUAUGCCCUGUGCUCUCAGCUGUGGUCCAACAUAGGUGGGCUAGAGGAAACCCCAACAGAUGAGAACUUGAUCCAGAUAUUUGGUAUAGAAACUGACAGACUUUUUAAAAUUCUUCAUCAGUACCAAGACAUCCUGAUACUGAUGAGAGGACCACAAGGUCAUCACUACCACCAGCAAAGAUUUAAUUGCUCAUGAACAUGCAUUCACAAAAUUUAUAAAUAAAUACACACCUGUUUCACAUAAUUCUAUUAGCUAUAGUAGAGAGGAAGAAAUUGCACAGGCCACAAAGUUUCUGAAAGUCUGAAUUAAAAUACAGAGGCACUUCACAGAAAAAAAAUAAUAUUUUGCAUCUUAAGCAAAAUAGGUAGAAGAAUUUAAAUGUUUGGAAUAUAGUUUAGAUAGCAGAAUUGAAGUGUUUGGAUUAUAAUCUCAGUGAUAAAUACUUUAUUUGCUCCUAUUUGCAUACCUUUUAAAAAGUAAUGGGAAAGCUAUUUUAAACUAGGCUAUUUAGAAAGCGAUUCAAUAGCAGUUUCUACUAAUAUUUAUUUUUAUACUUUUAUCUGAGUUAAACUUUCAAAAUUAAGUGCCUAAUUUGUGAUAAUAUAAAACAAAUAACUCAAGCGAAUAGAAAAUAAAAGGACCAGAAAGCAAGUUAGAACGAUUAUGAAUCUCAGUUAUUUACCAAGGCUGAAGGAAAGAUGAACGAGUGGUUGUCACUGCUAUUCAAAUAAGCCUGUUGGCUAACAUUUUUGCACUGUUCUGUAAGAUGAGAUAAUGGCUUUCCCACUUUCACAUGGAAGUUUACAAAUUUGAUAGAAGAGGGACUCCAUUCCUCAGACAAAACAAUUUCUUCCAACCUAGAUAUAAGUAGCACCAGAAGCAUUUUCGCACUGCCCUGGGAAAUGCAGUUUCUUCAGAAAGAAGAUCAAGCUAGCCAGUGCUUAUACUAUCUUCCUUAUUUGAUAUUCUUCCUUGUGGGGCCAGCACAAAUUUGGAUAUAUGUGUUUUGGCAGCUUUAGGUUUACUCUUUUAAAUUAUAAACACAUUGUAAGUAAAUUACAAUGAUAGCUGGAUCUCAUGAAGAAUUUUAUCUGUCUUUGAUGGUUUAUAUGAUGUUAAAAACAAAGUCCACAUCUUGCACUACAACAGUUUCAGCAAUAAUGGUUAAAGUAAGAGCCUGAAAAAUAGGUGAGAAUUUAUGUAAAUUAUAGUACAGGACAUGUUAUGAUUUAGUAACAGAUCUUUAAAAAGAUUUUUAAACCAGAAGGCUAGAAAAAUAUCAGUACAUUUUCUGAAAGAGUAUUGUACCGAAGUUUUCUGCAUUAAUGAUAUUUGAAUUGUUCUACUUAGUACAAUAGAUAUGAGCAGAGGUGGGUUUCAGCAGGUUCUGACCAGUUCUGGAGAACCGGUAGCGGAAAUUUUGAGUAGUUCGGAGAACCGGUAGUAAAAAUGCUGACUGUCCCUGCCCCCAUCUAUUCUCUGCCUCCCAAGUCCCAGCUGAUUGGGAGGAAAUGGGAAUUUUGCUGUAACCUUCCCCUGGAGUGGGGAGGGAAUGGAGAUUUUACAGUAUCCUUCCCCUGCCACGCCCACCAAGCCACGCCCCCAGAACCAGUAGUAAAAAAAUUUGAAACCCACCAUUGGAUGUAAGUAGAUCAAAUCAUUUAAGUGCAAUAAGCUUAUAAUAGCUGAAGCUGCUCCCAGGUUAAUAUUAACGUCCAAUCUAGUUGAUAUAAACUAUAUGCAGUGAAACAGAAAUGGAUCAUAAUUAGACUGCUUUAGAGCAGGCCUGUCAAACUGGCGGCCUGCAGGCCCGAUAAUGGCCCAUGCAGGCCACACCCACCCCACCCCUGCAAAGCAAAAACACUGUGAUACCCCUGCUCUAGGGAUUGAAGCAGAAGGUAUUGUAGAGAUUCCACACAGGUAUCUUAGUGGUGAUUCAUCCAUAAAUGAAGAAUUAUUAGAACUGACUGACAAAUGAUUAUAUUUAAGCAAGUAUACUUCACUGUUUUUGUUAUCCAUUAGGAAGAACACAUUUCUAAAGGAAAUUUAUUUCAAUACUUACUACAGAAUAAAUUAUAUUUCAGUUAGCCCUAUGAAGUUGAUUAAAUCAAUCCUAGCGUUCUGGCUUAGCUGUAGAUUGAAGUAUCUACAUUGGCAAACCUGGUUCUCAUUAAAGAUAACAGCACAUUCAAGGAAGUCAAAACAUUCCAGGCUUGUGACCACUAUAUACAAAUCCAUUUUUUUUCCAAAGUUGCAUUUAUUAACAUUAUGUACAGAAUAUCUAACAGAAUAAAGUAUUGAGGUAACAGGUU